ACCCCACGUAAUAUCUGAACCCAAAAACUCAUCGGCUCCGGUUCUCCACCCAACCCAUCAUCUUGUCUGAAAAAUCUCUCUUUUGUUUUUGUAAACAAAACAAAAAUGACAUCAGGAUGUGUUCUCCUCUGCGAGAUCAUACUCUCGAUCCUCUUACCACCUCUAGGCGUCUGCCUCCGUUACGGUUGUUGCACGGUAGAGUUCUUUAUAUGCUUGGUGUUGACUAUUCUGGGUUAUCUUCCUGGGAUCAUCUACGCCCUCUAUGCCAUCUUAUGUGUGAAUAUAGAUCGUAAUGGUGAUCGUUACGAGGCGCUUGCGUAAGAAGUACUUUGUUAAUUGUUAUGUCGGGUGUCGGUGGAUGUAAAGCACGAACCUCAUGAAUCAAUUCUAGUUGCAUCGGUUCUUACCGUGUAGUGUUAUAUAGAAUUCUUGGUAGUAGUAGUUAUCGUGAAUCCAAUUAUUCCAAAACUUGUUUCCUGUAUGUGCGAUUACUAAUUCGUAUUUUGAAG